UGGGGUGAGGGGAAGAUGUUGUUAUUAUGUGGAACCUUUCUUCAGCCCAGCCUCAUUGCCUGCAUAUUCCACAUUCUGCUUGAGACACUGACUGCAGCUUAAAGAAGAUCUUGCUCCAAUGCUGGACUAACAUGUGCAAAAUUUACCACGGGGGUGUCAGGAAUUUCAAUCUUUGCUUCCAAAACAGACUGGCAGCCUAGGGGCCAAAGUAGGGAGUGAGCAGGAUCCCACACCGUUUUUUUUUGUUAUGUUGGUUGAACACUGCACCGGCAGUGUUACCGUCUUUAUUCUGAGUACUCCAUCUUUUCAUUGUGGUUUUCCAUCUCUCUUUAGUUCAACGUCUUCUGUGCUAAUAGUGGGAAUGCCUGAGAAAAAGUGAACAAGUGCAGCUCCCAAGGCAGGAAGGAGUGCAGGAUUAUGUUGGCUGCAACGAUCACAGCAGCGCUGAUCUAUUUUAUGGUGCAAAGCUCUGGAACCUUGGCCCUCGGUACAGCAUGUUGGGAUGAACGUCUGUCGCGAGCAGGGAGAAACAACAGCUGUGUGGCCUCACAGCCCUUCCUCAUAUUCGGCCAUGGGAAAGCUAUUCAUCGCAUGGACCUCGAUGGGAAGAACCAGAGAAGGCUUGUGGCUGGCGUGGGAAGCUCGAUCCUGCUGGACUUUCAUUUCAGAGAGGAGAGAGUUUACUGGGCUGACAAACACAGUGGGGUCAUCUACAAAGCAUCAGUGAGAGGAGUAAACAGACAGAAACUGUACUCAUCUGACAAACAUAUCUCGGGACUUGCGGUGGAUUGGGUUUGGAACAGUGUAUAUUGGACAAGUGGAGAAAAGGGAAAAAUCAAGAUAAUGGAUAUAAAUGGGAAAAAUGAAAGGACUCUUUUAAGACACUUGACCCAACCCAGUUGUAUAAACGUUGACCCCACUAACAGGUUUCUUUUUUGGCUGUCUGGCGGGAUGACUCCAAGUAUUCAGCGGUCUGAUGCGACAGGACAGAUGAAAACUACACUUAUUAAGAUAGCAGAACAACUGGAAGCACUGUCGAUUGACCGAGAGGAUAAAAGACUGUACUGGGUUCAGUUUGGUCUGCAAGGAGAAAGUGCCAUUGCCUCUUGUGAUUACAACGGGAACGUCCUGCACAUUAUAGAUACGCCCCUUCAAUCUCAGUCACUGGGGAUAUCAGUUUUUCUGGAGCACUUGUACUACACUGAUGCCGCAUCUCGGGUUAUUAAACAAGUCAACAAGUACACUGGUGGAGAGCCACUGACUGUUAACAUAAAACAAAUGGCAAAACCCCCAGUUGAUAUCAAGGUGGUACAUCCCCUCAACCAGCCAAUGGCAGACUCCCAAUCACCAUUUCCAGGUUGCGACGAACAGAGUGGAAAUUGCGUGAAUGUGUGUUCCAGUCUAGCCGAACAAGGGCCUUGCCAGUGCAGUGAAGGCUUUGCUCUCAGUAAGCAAGGCACUUAUUGUGAAGAUGUUAAUGAAUGUGCCCAUUGGAACCACGGCUGCUCUCUUGGUUGUGAAAACAUCCCAGGCUCCUAUUUCUGUACCUGCCCUAAAGGAUAUGCCCUCCUACCAGACAGGAAGACAUGUGGAGAGAUCGUACCAUGUGAAGGCAAUAUCACCAAGUGUGGCCAUGGGUGCCUGACAACAGACGAGGGUGCUGUCUGUGUGUGUCCAGAGGGAUCUUUACUGCAGGAGGAUGGUCGAGCCUGUACUGGCUGCUUGUCUGCAGACAGAGGGGGUUGCAGUCAGCUCUGUACUCCUGUCACCCCGACUAGGUGGCAGUGUGGUUGUCUGCCUGGCUACCAGCUCCACCGAGAUGGAAAGCGCUGCAUUGCCUCUGGACCACCACCUUAUCUGCUAGUUGCCAAUCUAGUGGAUGUAAAACAAAUUAAUCUUGAUGGCACUGGGGAUAAAGCCCUUGUGGAGGAGCCCCGAGGAACAAUCAUAGCUUUGGACUAUGACCCUGUCCAGAAUAAUGUGUACUUUGCUAGUACAAGCCAGAAGACAAUUGAGCGGGUUGAUUUGAACAGCGGGUUGAGGGACGUUCUCGUCUCUGAUGGUUUGGACUCUCCCGAAGGACUGGCGAUAGACUGGGUCCAUCGCAGGAUGUACUGGACAGAUAAAAGCCAGUCAACUGUUGACUGCAGUACCUUGGUUGGAUUGGACCAAAUAACCAUUGUAAGCAAAGGGCUAGAAAAACCAAGAGGAAUCGCAGUUCAUCCUUUGGCAAAGAAGUUAUUCUGGACUGAUAUAGGGGCCGUGCCUGUUGUGGAAAGCGCCUCUUUGGAAGGGAAAGACCGCUCUGUAAUCGCUAGCACCAACCUGGUGUCACCAAGCGGCCUGGCCAUCGAUUUCACAGAGGACCGUCUGUUCUGGUGCGACCAGAGGAGGGGCAUGGUGGAGAGUGCAGCUCUGGAUGGUUCAGAUCGACAGGUCCUGUUAGAGAACCAAGUAGGUCGGCCUUUUGACCUGGCAGUGUUUGAGGACAGGUUGUGGAUAUCUGAUCAGGAGCACCAGCAGCUGCGGAGCGUGCACAAGCGGACUGGGAGAAAACUGCAACGUAUCCAUGGCAACAUGGUCCAACCAGCAUCCAUCGUGGUGGUUCAUCCCCUUGCUAAACCAGGGGCCGACGUUUGCAUUUACCUAAAUGGAGGUUGUGCCCAGGUGUGUGAAAGCAAACUGGGAUUGGCCCACUGCUCCUGUCUGUCACACUUCCACCUAUCAGCUGAUGGAAAAGGUUGCUUGCCUGCCGACGCUUCGAAUGGGACAGCAGAAUCUGGAGACAGUGAAUCCACUGAAUUAACGUCUCUCAAAAACAAAACCUUCAACGAUGAGAGCGCCCCCCUGACAACACCUGGGCUGUCAGCCGGUAGAGCGGCGGCUGAUCUAGAAUCGGAUGUGGGCAGUGAGCCAACUCUCUUCACAGACAAGAUGGUUUCAGACCAGAAUGAGUGUUACUCGCUUCGCUGUGAUGUAAAUGCACAGUGCCUGCUCAGUGCUGGCAGCCCAAGCUGUCUAUGUCUAGACGGUUUUACAGGUGAUGGACACAUGUGUGUGGAUAUUGAUGAGUGUAAACAGGGAACACAUAAAUGUGACAAACAUGCAGAAUGCCAAAAUGCCUUGGGGAAGUAUCUCUGCAAGUGCCACUCUGGAUAUCACGGCGAUGGGAAGACUUGUCAAGAGUUGGAGACCACAUCGCCAUGGGUGACGACCGGUAGCCCUGCUGAUGUCACCACCCGGCACCACAACAGUAACUCAAUAGAGAGCUGCCCCUCCACCCACGACUCCUACUGUCUGUACCAGGGUGUCUGCUUCUACUUUCCUGAAAUGGAGUCCUAUGCUUGCAAUUGUGUAGCAGGCUACGUGGGGGAGCGUUGUCAGUUCAGUGACCUGGAGUGGUGGGAGCUGCAGCAGGCUGAGGAGGAGAAGAGGAGGAACGUGGUCAUUGCCGCCUGCAUGGUGGUCCUCGUUUCCCUGCUCUCCAUCGCUGCCUGUGUCACCUACUGUUACGGAACUAGAAACUUCUUCCACAAACAGCCCUCAGAGGAUAGCGUGAGCGAGACCAGCGUGACAGAUGAGAGCAUGUCAGAGACCACCACAACCAGUGUGCCGCGGUUCUCCAUGGUAGCAGAAAAUGGUGUGGAAGGAAUGGUGAUCCCUGCAAUGGGCUGUCCCAGGAGAGCUGUCUGUCCAUCCUGCUCUUCAGAAACAGGCAACAACCUUGUGUCUGAAGAGUUGGGAAGAUUGUCACAGCACAACAGAGGGUAUGAGUGUUCCAUGGUGUCAACUGUUGCCAUGGAGACCGCACAACCCACUGUCCAUCAAUCAAGUCCGUCACUGUCAAGCUCAUACACUUGUACGUCCAUCAAGCCACCACUGUUCUCCCAGACUCCCAGGCCAGAGUCCCCUGCCUCCUAGAUUACCAGAGAGACCGACACAGCUGUUCAGUUAAAACUGUGCACACUCUUAACAUCUGGCUGAUGUACCAAGAAAUGAAAGAAAUGCCACCGCAGCGGUUACCUACCUAAAGGUUAUUUGUUGCAUUUUUGCAUGAACAAAUAUUGUGUUUGCAACGCUCAUCUGUAAAUUUUUAUUACACAUACAAUUUACUAAUGCCACACCAGAUCAAUGAAAGCUAUUGUAAACACAAUAAUCUGGUAGCAUAGAAAAUGAUAUUACAAGAUGUAGUGAGAGCAAUAUGUUUGACACAGAAAAAACUCUGGCUAGUUAGCACGACAAAGGAAAAGAGCGUCUUGUGCAUAAAGUCCACCAAAAGUGAUGCAAGGUAAAAAGAAACAAUAGUUAACACACUUAGUUAACCUAAAAGCAAAGACCUAGCAAAAAUGUUUUAUGACGACCCAUUUUCCAAAAUACAGUAUUUAGAAUGAAACUCUUCCCUGCAUCAACAUUUACCUAAUACUAGCUGACAACAGAAUAUAUUAUGUCAUGUAAAAUACAUACAGUAUGUACAGUAGCCUAUGUCUUUCUUACAAAGUUCCAAAGUAGAUAUAAGUAUAGUAUCAGAUUAUCAAGUGUUGCAAAAGAUAAUGAAGGCAAAAAUAUAGAAAACUAAUCACAUAUACAAACAAGCAAACAAAAACAAUAAAAUCUGGACAUCAUUUUGACAAAAAAAAAACAACUGCUUCCAUUGCUUGCUUUUGAAAAUAAAUUAUUAAAGAAUAAAGUACCGCUUGUCAAGUUAUCAUGGGCCAUCUAAGAAAAACAACUUACUUUCGGUCUAGCAAAAAGCAUAAAGACUGGUCUAGCAUAAACACUAGGAACUUAAUUCACAUUUUAGUUUAAAGUCAAGUCAAUUUUGGGUUACACGUUACUUGAAGGUAGCUACAUAAGAGUGACAUGACGCUGUCACGAACGUGUCAUAAACAUUUCAUAAACAAGUCAUAAACGUUUAUGACAUAAAGCUUCUUUUAGUAAGUGUCAUUUGGUUUUUGUCAUGUUAGGGUUAGGGUUCAUGUGUCAUGACUGUGUCAUGACAGUGUCAUGUCACUCUUAUGUAGAUACCUUCAAGUAAAGGGUUACCCAAUUUUGUUUAGCUCAAAAUCACAAAUUUACCUCAUGUGUUUUGGAUGUUUUAGUCAUCACAACAAUUAGCUUUGCUCACGAUGGGCUUGCCUACCAAACUAGUUGUACUCCGCAGGGUGUUUUGAAUAUUCUUUUUGUAUUUCGGCUACCACUAAAUAAUUGACGUUGGCCACAUCACUUUUAUGUUUUCCCCAUUUGUUCUUUUAUUUCAUGGAAUAGUUGGAUGUGAGAGGUCUUCUUUUAAGGGUGUUGUAUUGUAAACGCCACGAGGGGCUUUGAUGGGUGCAGUGUACUCUGGCUCAACAGAUGUACAUUGCUGGGAUAAAGCCUGACAUCCGGUGUUUCUUUCAUGCGCCAGAUGUCCCUUCCUCUAUCUCCACUAUCUAUUUAGCACAUUUAGCCGUUGCUGCAUCUAGGGCUUAGUGCCGUCCAGGAUGGUUGUGAUUGGUUUAAAAGAAAUACAAACAAGCCAGGGGCCUUAUUAUAUCUGAACAAGAAAAAUGAUGGUAAUAUUUGUAUGAAAAACACAACCCCCUUCCAGAGUUGUCAUUCACACUAUAUUCAAUUGUCUGGUUAUGUAUUCCUUUCAGCCCGUGUACUAUAACUGUGAUUACCAAAUGGCAAGAUGAGGCUUGCUUUUAUUUCCAUCAAUAAAAUAUAUAUUCCCAAAAAA